GUCCCGCUCAGCAGCCUCGGCAACACAUCCCAGCUUCCCAGGCCGAGGCGCCGAGGCACCGGACAACCGUAUGCGAUGGAGUGUAGAGGUGAACUGGCGUGGAGAUUUAAGCAAGGCAAGUGCUCGACACAAGUCCUCUGCCCCGAAGCACGACAUGUAUCCCCCGUUGCUCCUCCUCCUGGUCCUCCUCGUCGCCCGCGCCGGCGCUGGCGCCGCCGCACCGUCGAAUGCGCACGCGUGCGCGUCGGCUGCGGCCAACUCGUAUCCUUUCUGCGACGCCUCCCUCCCGUUCCCUGUCCGCGCGCGCGCGCUCGUCUCCCUCCUCACCCUCGACGAGAAGAUAGCGCAGCUCUCCAACACAGCAGCGGGCGUCCCGCGCCUCGGCAUCCCGCCCUACGAGUGGUGGUCCGAGUCCCUCCACGGCCUCGCCGACAACGGCCCGGGGGUCAACUUCUCCUCGGGCCCCGUCGGCGCCGCGACCAUCUUCCCCCAGGUCAUCCUCUCCGCCGCCUCGUUCAACCGCUCGCUGUGGCGUGCGGUGGCGGAGGCCGUCGCGGUGGAGGCGCGCGCCAUGCACAACGCCGGCCAAGCCGGCCUCACGUACUGGGCGCCCAACAUCAACGUGUUCCGCGACCCUCGGUGGGGCCGCGGACAGGAGACGCCCGGUGAGGACCCCGCCGUCAUCGCCGCCUACUCCGUCGAGUAUGUGAAAGGGUUUCAGGGAGAGUACGGCGAUGGCAAGGAAGGCAGGAUGAUGCUCUCCGCCUGCUGCAAGCACUACGUCGCGUAUGAUCUGGAGAAAUGGGGGAACUUCACGCGGUACACCUUUAAUGCCAAGGUCAAUGAGCAAGAUUUCGAGGACACGUAUGAGCCUCCUUUCAAGAGCUGUAUCCAGGAGGGUCGUGCAAGUUGCUUGAUGUGUUCAUACAACCAGGUAAAUGGUGUGCCAGCAUGUGCCCGCAAAGAUCUACUGCAGAAGGUUAGGGAUGAAUGGGGAUUUCAAGGGUACGUCGUAUCUGAUUGUGAUGCCGUGGGAAUAAUUUACGGAUACCAGAAUUACACAAAUUCAGAUGAAGAUUCAAUAGCGAUUGUUCUGAAAGCCGGAAUGGAUAUCAACUGUGGGUCCUUCCUGAUUCGGCAUACAAAGUCAGCAAUUCAGAAAGGAAAGAUAACAGAAGAAGAUAUCAACCAUGCUCUUUUUAAUCUGUUUUCUGUUCAGCUACGUCUUGGACUUUUUGAUAAGACUAGUGGGAAUCAGUGGUUCACUCAACUAGGGCCAAGCAAUAUUUGCACGAAAGAGCACAGGGAGCUUGCAGCAGAAGCUGCAAGGCAGGGUACUGUCUUGUUGAAGAAUGAUAACAGUUUUUUGCCUCUGAAGAGAAGCGAAGUUAGUCAUAUUGCUAUCAUCGGACCAGUAGCAAAUGACGCAUAUAUAAUGGGUGGAGAUUACACAGGAGUUCCCUGUAACCCUACCACCUUUCUUAAAGGCAUGCAAGCCGUUGUUCCACAAACAACCAUUGCUGCUGGAUGUAAGGAUAUAUCUUGUAACUCAACAGAUGGAUUUGGCGAAGCCAUUGAAGUAGCUAAAAGAGCUGAUAUUGUUGUUCUGAUUGCUGGGUUGAACCUGACUCAGGAGACUGAAGAUCUUGAUAGAGUGAGCCUUCUCCUUCCCGGCAAGCAAAUGGACCUCAUAAAUAGCAUUGCUAGUGUAACCAAGAAGCCCCUUGUGUUGGUUAUCACGGGUGGUGGUCCUGUUGAUGUUUCUUUUGCGAAGCAAGAUAAAAGAAUUGCAAGUGUAUUGUGGAUUGGAUAUCCAGGGGAAGUUGGCGGACAAGUUCUCCCAGAAAUUCUCUUUGGAGAGUACAAUCCAGGAGGAAAAUUGCCUAUUACCUGGUACCCUGAAUCCUUCACCGCUGUUCCAAUGAACGAUAUGAACAUGAGAGCCGACCCUUCACGCAGUUACCCUGGGAGAACAUAUCGGUUUUACACCGGAGAUGUGGUAUAUGGCUUUGGGUAUGGUCUGAGUUACUCAAAAUACUCAUACAACAUCAUACAGGCUCCAACGAAAAUUAGUUUGUCACGUUCGUCAGCUGUAGACUUUAUCAGCACGAAGCGUGCACACACACGGAGGGAUGGGCUAGACUACGUGCAAGUCGAAGACAUUGCAUCAUGUGAAUCCAUAAAAUUCUCUGUCCACAUCUCUGUUGCCAACGACGGCGCCAUGGAUGGGAGCCACGCUGUUCUCCUAUUCACGAGAUCGAAGUCAAGCGUUCCAGGCUUUCCUUUGAAACAGUUGGUUGGUUUCGAGCGCCUCUAUGCAGCCGCCGGCAAAGCAACCAACGUGGAGAUCACGGUAGAUCCUUGCAAGCUUAUGAGCUCAGCCAACACUGAAGGCAGAAGGGUGCUGCUCCUGGGAUCCCAUCUUCUGAUGGUGGGGGAUGAAGAGCACGAAUUUUUCAUGGAAGCAUGAGGAAGAAGGAACUACAUCUUGUGUCAUAUUUAUAGCUGCUGCAUCUGGAACAUUCAGAUUCACAUGCUGUAAAGAUUCAUUAGAUGCAGGUAUUGCAGUAAAAGAAAUGCAAGCGAUGAAUGUAACACUGUUGCAAACUCUAUUGUAUCAUUAUUCGUGAUUGGGAAUGAGAAGGACCUUUUUUCUA